AUGUAUACUACUAGAUGUGACGAAUAUUCUAGUAAUAAUAGGAAUUUAGUAAAUAAUUAUAAAGAUAUUAAUAGUAAAGAAGAUAAUAAUGAAGAGAAAUUACUUCAGACUGGUAAAAUUGUUGGAAUAUUUUCUUUAGAAUGGGCACUAAAUUUUUUGACCCAAAAUUCCGAAUUUUUAAGAGAGAAACCUAUGUCACCAUUAUCUAUAUUUGCUGCUCAUAUUUGGACUGGUUCUCAAAAAUGUGAUUUUUCAGAAUUAAUAUCCCCUGGAGGUAAAUUAAGAAAUGAUGUCUUUAAACUUUUAAUACAUCCAGUUCAUGAAUUAGUUAGUUCUUUAAGAUCUAAUGAAUAUUAUUUUAAAGCUUUAAAAAUAUUAAAUCCUAAUAUAGGAGAAUUACCAUUUAUAACAACAGGUAUUGAUAUACCAUUAAUAACUGGAAAUUGUUUUAAUGAUGAAUAUAUUGAGAAAUUAACCAAAUGGAUAAAAGAUAUAUCUGUAAAAGAAAUUGAUAAUAAAACAAUAACAAAUUCUAUUGAACAUUUAAAUAAUAGAAAUAUAGAUAUAUAUAAUAAUGAUGAAUUAAUAUAUCAAAUAUCUAUACAUUGGUUGAUUCAUAAAUUAUUAAGUAAUUUUCUUUAUAAUCCUAAUGGACCAAUGUCAAUAUCAAAAACAAAUAUUUUAAUUGAUAAACUUUUACCAUUAGAUAAUUUUCAAGAUGGAAAUAAAAUUUGUUGUAGAGUUGAUAUUUUUAAAUUUUCAAAAUCAUUAAGAAAUAUAUGGAAAUCUAUUAAAGGAAAAUAUAAUGAAGAAUAUAAUGAAGAAUAUAAUGAAGAAUACAAUGGUAAUUUUUUAGAAUUAUUUUCAGACAGUGAUAAUAAUUUCAUUGAAUGUUUAGUUAACAUAAUAAAGUCAUAUCCUUUAGAAGAUUUAUUAACUUCUUUAGUUAAUUUUGUUACAAAAUUUAAUAAUAUAUUACAUAUAUCUAAUCCAUGGAGAAAUAUAUAUUCAUUUAAAGAUUCAUUAAAUAAUAUAGAGAAUGAUAAUUUUAUAGUAGAUAUUGAUCCAAAAGAACCAUUUAAUGUUAUAUUUGAAUUAUCUGGACAUUAUAGAGCUAUAACAAUAUGUAGAGAAUAUUAUGAUAAUUUAAAACCAAAAAGUAAAUAUAAUCGUGAAUUGAUUAAUUCUGCAAGAUUAAUUUUAACAUUUUGUUUAGAAAAAGGGUUAUCAAGUAAACACUAUAUUGAAGAAAUUCCAGAAUUUAUAACAUCUAAAAAUAUUACAUCUUCAUUUGAAGAGAAUUUAUUUGAUGAGAUAAAUAUGGAGAAUAUUAUUGAUAUAAAUAAUAAUGAGAUAUUAGAAAAUAAAGAAUUAACAUCUAGAGUAAAUAAUAAUAAUGAGAUAUUAGAAGAUAAAGAAUUAAGAUCAAAAUCAAAAUUAUAUUCUAAUGAUACAAAUGGUAGGAAGAUAUCUGUUGAGGGUAUAUCAGAUAUUUUAAGUUCUGAUAGUGAACCAAUAAUACAAAAUAUUUCUAAAACAAGGAAUAGUCGUAAAAGUUCUAAUUCUGAUAUUGGAGGAAAUCCAGCAAGAAAAUAUCGUAGAUGGACAGAUGAUGAAACAUCUUUAUUAGUUGAUGGUGUAAAUGAAUAUGGUAUAGGUAAAUGGAGAGUUAUAUUAGCUAAUUCUAAAUUAUGUCGUGAUGAAGUAGGUUUAAAAGAUCGUUGGCGUAAUCUUAUAAAAGGUGGUCAUGUAAAGUGGAAUUCAUUAUCUAAGAAAUAUUAUAUUGUAGAUUAA